AAAAAAAGAUUGAUCAACUCAAAUGGCAGGGUCAAAUGGAGUAGAACACGAGCAUGUGUGGGUCUCACAUCAUUGAUCCAUCAAAUACAGUACCUUCCGAGAACUUUGUUGUUGUCGUCUAGAAGUGAAUGCGUAGCGGGGGUACCAAUUAUGCAAAACUAUGCCAAGAUUCAUCGAGAGUCGAACAUGGAUGCUUAUGAAAGGUACCAAUUAGUUAUUUUUCCUCAUAACACUGAUCUCAGCGUUUCCAUCUCCCUAUCAUUCUCUCUCAUGAAUUCAGAAGUUUCUCUACUUCUGCUAUCUGAGGCCCCAGUUUUUAGACAAUUCACGUCUCUCUGGAACCUCGAUAAAUCCUAUCUAAAUCCUAUCUGGCUGUCAUGUCUACAACUGCGACGUUUUAGGGGUCAUGUGAUGAUACUCGAAGGACUGUUAAUGUUCCUCGGAAAUGAAGUGAAUCGACCAAAUGCCGAUGGCGAUAUGCCGAUGCAUCUUGCUGCUCGCGGACAACAUGCUGCCUGUCUUGACAGGCUCCUCAACACUAAUCAUUUGCACAGUAAUAUUCAGUUUCUAUACGUUCAGAAUGCGUCUGGUGACAGCCCUAUGCACAUUGUGUGUGGACUUCCUGAAUCACCAACGAAAAUCGCUAUGGUUGGACGAUUGCUGGCCAAUGCUCGGAUGAACCUUCACCUUUAUAACGAAGACGAACUGACACCAGUUCAUAUAGUUUCACGGGCAACGUAUUUCAGAACGAUGGAAUUGAUCCUGCAGUCAAGGCCGCAGCAGUUGAAUGCUGAUACGGGUAAUGGCUUCCCGCCAUUGCUCUUGGCAGCAUUCUAUGGUCGCAGAAAAUGCACCGAAGCUCUAAUCGAAUUGAACGCAGACGUCAACCGAUAUUCAAAAUUGGGCCGCACUGCCUUGCACUUGGCGUUGGAAACGUGGCAUGGAGCGGUCGACAAAGACAUGGAUCGUCUUGCAUGCGUACAGGCUCUGGUGCAAGCCGGUUGCCCACUGAACGUUCAGGACUGCGAUGGACAGACCGCAGCUCACCUUCUCAUGAGAGAAAUGAAUCGUAUUACAACUCCUGUGGAUUCUCUGAAAACUUCCUUGAGUGUGUCUCGCGACGUGAACACCUUCAUUUUAUUGCAGAAUCUGCAUGACAUUGCUAGUCGUGUUCGACCUCAUUGGCAGUUUGCUUGUCUGUGCUUCCUUACAGCUAGAGGUGCUGACCUUUCUCUGAUUGAUCGAUUUGGAGUCUCAGUGCUGGACGGAUGUUUAGAUGAAAGGAUUCGAAUUUUACUGAGCGACAUUGUGGAGAAACGACCAAGGUCCUGUCUACCAAUGACGAAGGCCACGUUUGUCGAGUUCGAUCCAUCAGGAGUUACAAUGUGUACGUUCAACUGCGAGGAUUCUCAAGCAGACGUAUGUUUCGUUCCAUGCGGUCAUAGGGUUGUCUGUAAACAGUGCGCCAGGAGUACACCACUACGAAGAUGCCCACUUUGCUAUCAGCUCAUCGCCAAAGCCAUCUCAGGUCAGCUUUGCCGUUUUUUUCCUCAUCUUGGCGACAUGCUUGAGAAUGCUUCGUCCCAAAUAGUGAUUUCCCCAGAAAAGCUACGCGAGCUGGAGGAGUUGCGGGAGAAACUAGCUCAGUUGGAGAUGGAGACGUCGUGUACAAUCUGCAUGGACAUCGUCUUCAACUGUGGUCAUACGGCAUGUUCAGACUGCACUCCAUUGCUAAAGUCAUGCCACAUUUGUCGUCAAGUGAUCACAAAAAAGCAGACACUUUACGCAUGA